CUGGACAGGAACUAUAAAUGUCGGUGUCUGGACAAACAAGACCGUGCUUCGAGAUAAAAAAUUUGGAUUCACGCAUCACCAAGUGGGACAGCAUGGAGGAUGAGAAGCAAGUACCGACAGAUGUCGCCUACUGGCAUGAUAUCUAUCGUGUGACGGAUGACCUUUUGCGACCCGGAAUCAGCGUGGACGAGUCUCAGAGAAUGUACGACCAGUGGGCCAAGAUGGGCACCUAUGACGCUUUGGCUGUUGAAUCGAAGUACUACACGGCCCACGACCAGAUCAUCCUCGGCAUUCUCAGCAUGUAUCCUGUUCGGCGCGAUAUCCGAAUUCUAGAUGUCGGAGCGGGUACCGGCCUCGUUGGAGAACGGCUGCGAAACCUGGGCUUUGAGCGAGUGGAUGCCUUGGAUCCGUCGGCAGAAAUGCUGAGGUCAGCUGCCAAAAAGGGUGUCUAUGAAAGACUCAUCCAUAGCUUCUUCACCAACGAUCCCAUCAAAGACGUUGACGAAGACACAUACGAUGCCAUUGUCAUGUGUGGAGUAUGUGGACCGGGAGCUGUGCCUGUGGAAGCGUUCGAAGAAGCUGUACGGAUUGUCAAACCUGGUGGACACAUCUUCGUCUGUAUGCGAGCGGAGAACCUGGAGAUCUGCAGUGAAUAUAAUGGCCGUUGGCAGCCGUUUGUCACUCGCUUGCAACAGGAAGGUAAAUGGCGCCUGGUCAGUGAGUGCAAGUACCCUCAACACUACUUUCACUUCGACGGUCUGAGACUCAUCUACCAAGUCACAAAGAAUGAGCGGAACAUAUAAACCACCCACCUGAAAACAAUUCUUAAAUAUGCCCUUCGAUCUAUGAUGCCAAACUAACAAGAUCAGGAAUAGAAAGAAGUCACUGAAGAGCCUAUAUAUAUUAUAGGUGUGUUUGUGAAAAGUUUUGAUGUGCCUCAAAUGACACCAAAUGAAUCGUUCUGUUCGUCACAUUUUCAUCUCUGUUCUUCGCCAUAGCACUACAUGCCUCCCCGAAUAGGAAAGACAAUCGAAAACCUUCAUGGUUACAGUCCCCGGCCAAGCUUACUUCCUCGUUUAU